AUGUCAGAUAAACGUAUUCCAUUUCAUUUACGUGAUAUUAGCAAUCCACCAUCUUAUUUUACUCAACAACAACAAACAUGGAUACGUACGACAAAGAAGGCAAAGAAGAAUUAUCAAUUACAACAACAAUAUCCACCAUUCAUCGUACCAAAAUCAAGUUAUGAACUUAAAUUUCCUGGUUGGUAUGCGUGGGCAGUAUCUUAUUGCGAGGUAUGUAACUCAUCUUCUCAUCGCAAUGUUAUUGUUGAUGAUAUCGGUUCUAUUAGAAACAUUAAUUCAUCUUCAAUAUGUAUUUAUCAACAACCAAGUCGUUAUGCUCCUCAUGAAAAAUGGGCAUUACAACAAGCUUUAAUUUAUAUCUGUCGCAUGUUUAUUGACAAAUCCGUCACUGUCAAUCAUUGGGCAGGCGGAUUCGAUCCAACUUAUUCAACUUUAUCAAGGACAAAACGAAACAAAAUGAUACAUUAUACAAUCCAUGCCUGUUUUGCGACAACAUAUUUAAUUCGUCCCGUUUUACAAUAUUGGUCAUUUCAACAGGUAAUAAAUAGUAAUAUUACUAAUCGAUUUCAGGCAUUAUCAUCAUCAUCAUCUCAAGUAAAUAAUAACAUAUUGAAAACAGAUAUUAAUCAAUAA